CACAAUGAGCACUUUGUACGGCUCCUGCGAUUCCUAGUCCAGUGUGGCGCUGUCAGAGGCAGUCUGGCGUUACCAGAAGUAGACCUGUGCAGCAACAAGUUGUGCGCCGCGCGCGAGCACCACUUCGGCAACAUUGCCAAGCUAUCACAGCAAUAAUUAAUGCUGCGUCGUGCAGCACUACGUGUAGCGCUGCGGCGGCCGGCGCGGCGAUACGUGUGGCACGAGGGCAAGAUGGAGGAGGCAAGAGCCGAAGAGAUAGCGAAAGAGAUCAAGAAGCUGCGCGACGACGCCGGCAAGGCGUUCCGCGAGGCGGUCGAGCGCGAAAAGGAGCUGCUGCAGGAGUACGAAAAGUUGACCGACCAGCCGUUCGACGAUGAGUGAGUACCUCUAUACUCAUGAUGCUUUGACGGUGCCCCGCGGUGCAGACGCGGGCGCAUCGCUCGAGCUGCGCGCGGCCACUGCAUGUCCACCACUCGACGUUGCGAAAUUCCGAGACGACGGCUUCCUCAUACUAAAAGAUGCUGCAGCUAGCGAUGCCAUCGCACGUGCGGCAGCGUACGUCGCGACGCACGAGGCCUGCUGGAGCGCGCCGAGCGGCACACGGCCCGACGACUGGCGCAUGCAUCGCGACCAGCGCCUGGAUGCGCCCGUCGCCGACGGCCACCUACCUAUCUUAGACUUGCUGCGGGAACCGCGGCUCGCGGCGGCGAUACGCUGCCUGGCGGGUGCCGAGGCGCAUGCGGUGUCGUACACGCAAGUCGCUCGGCGGACCCCGGCCCCGCGCAAAGCGCGCCGACGUAACCUGCCGGACACGAGCUAUCACAUCGAUGGCGAGGCCAACGCGAGCGGCGCGCGCUUUCCCGACGUCUUCUCUUUACUCGUCGCGGUGGCGCUGACGCCGCACGAGCGUCCGGGCAUGGGCAACCUCACCGUUUUCCCGCAAGGCCAUCUGCGCGACUGGCACCAGUACCCGGACUGGAAGCUAGACAAGGCGCUCCCGGACAUCGGCCGGCCGUACGAGGUCCCGCUCGGCGUUGGCGACGCGGUUCUGUGCCAUCCUCUCUUACCGCACCGCGGCGGCCGCAAUGAUAGUGAAUCGUCGCGGGACCUCGUCUUUUUCCGGGUGCAACUGGCGGGCAUCGACUACGCGACGCCCGAACGCGCGGCGGCGCUGCUCGCGGACCCCUGGGCCGAGCUAGGGGUUCCGUCGUCGGCUUAAUUUUUCUGUAAGUGUCA